CCCGACGCCCGGCUCGACGCCUGGCCCAGCGGGGACCCCUCCUCUCCUGGCUCGGUCCCACCCCCCGCCCCCGGCCGCUCGUUGCCGUUUUCCCCUCCCAGGACGCCGGGUCCCUCCGGGCCGCCCCCGCCGGCGGCUUAAUGAUUGUCCGGGAGGCCGCUAUAAAGAGCGAGGGGGAGGCCGGUCCGGCCCAGCAGCCCGCGAGGACCUCGCCCCCACCCCGGCCAUGGGCCCGCCGGCCUACGGCCCCUACCGGGCCCGGAUUUUCUCGGCCAUGUUCGUGGGCUACACCCUCUACUACUUCAACCGCAAGACCUUCUCCUUCGUCAUGCCCGCCCUCAUGGGCGACAUCGCGCUGGACAAGGAUGACCUGGGGCUCAUCACCAGCAGCCAGUCGGCGGCCUACGCCGUCAGCAAGUUCGUGAGCGGUGUCCUGUCGGACCGGAUAAGCGCCCGCUGGCUCUUCUCGUCCGGCCUGCUGUUGGUGGGGCUGGUCAACGUGGCGUUCUCCCGGAGCUCCACCGUGCCCGUCUUCGCCACCCUCUGGUUCCUCAACGGCCUGGCGCAGGGGUUCGGCUGGCCGCCCUGCGGGAAGGUGCUGCGCAAGUGGUUCGAGCCGUCGCAGUUCGGCACGUGGUGGGCCGUCCUGUCGACCAGCAUGAACCUGGCGGGGGGCCUGGGCCCCAUCCUGGUGACGCUCCUGGCGCAGACGUACAGCUGGCGCAGCACCCUGGCGCUGUCGGGCGCCCUGUGCGCGGCCGUCUCCUUCCUGUGCCUCGGCCUGAUCCGCAACGAGCCGGCCGACGUGGGUUUGCGUAACCUCGACCUCGCCCCGUCCGAGGGCGAGAAGGGCCCCUCGAGCCCGGACAGCACCCUGAGGGAGCUGCUGCUGUCCCCCUACCUGUGGGUGCUCUCCACCGGCUACCUGGUGGUCUUCGGGGUCAAGACCUGCUGCACCGACUGGGGCCAGCUCUUCCUCAUCCAGGAGAAGGGGCAGACCGCCCUCGUGGGCAGCUCCUACAUGAGCGCGUUGGAAAUCGGAGGCCUGGUGGGAAGCGUGGCGGCCGGAUACCUCUCGGACCGGGCCGUGGCCAGGGUGGGACUCUCUCUGUACGGGAACCCCCGGCACGGGCUGCUGCUCGGCAUGAUGGCGGGAAUGGCCGCCUCCAUGUACCUGUUCCGCGUCACCGUCACCGCCCACUCCUCCAAGGGCUCUCCCUUCUGGACUCUGGCUCUGGGCCCUCUGGCCGACGUCACGGGCUUCACAGAGCAGGAGCUCUGGAUCCUGGUCCUGGGCGCCAUCUUCGGCUUCUCCUCCUGCGGCCCCAUCGCCCUGUUCGGGGUCAUCGCCAACGAGAGCGCGCCCCCCAACCUGUGCGGCACCUCCCACGCCGUCGUGGCGCUCAUGGCUAACGUGGGAGGCUUCCUGGCCGGGCUGCCCUUCAGCACCAUCGCCAAGCACUACAGCUGGGACACGGCCUUCCGGGUGGCCGAGGUGACCUGCGGGGUCAGCACCCUCGCUUUCUUCCUCCUCCGUAACGUCCGCACCAAGAUGGGCCGGGUGGCCAAAAAGGCCGAGUGAGGGUGGUGGGGAGUGGCCCCCGGGGGGGGGGGGCGUCCCGCCCCGAGCACCCGGGGACGACGACGACGGGUCCCUAUUCAGCCUUGGGCCUCUGCCUUUCAACCUCCGCCCGCGGCGGGGCUGGCGCGGGGCUUGCUGUUUGUCAGACCGUCCGUUUCCGGCUCCUCCUCCCUCUUCCCCUUCUGCUUUAUUUAAAUAACCACCUUCGCCCUCGGCCGACGUCAGCAUCCCCCCGCGGUCUGCCCCAAACAAACAGUUUCUCCGACGGCCGACCCGGGGCUGCCCCGCUCCCCGUGCCCCGGCCCCCCGGAACCGCUCGACUGGGUCCCUCUGUGUCCCUCCGCCGGAGGGGGAGCCUCCGGGCGGGCCUCAGCCGGAGCCCGAGCCGGCCCCCGAGGGCCGGCGACCAACGGCAGCAGCCGUGGACACCGUGGGACUUUCAACACGAGCCGCGGGAGAGCGGAGGGUGGCGGCUGCCCUUCCCCAGCCUGGCCCGGCCACGGGCCGCGUGCGCUCUGUAGAAGAGAAUAGCUUUGAUACAAA